AAGGUGUUGGUUUUUGUUUGACCAACUUUUUGUUGUGGUUGCUUAUUUCGUCCGUUUCCAUUUUUAUUCUUUUCAUCAUCAAUAUUAUUUGACUCACCCAUGUCCCAUUGUCACGUCACUCCCUGAUCUCCCACUCUCUUGCUCCCCUGCUGUGUGAAAUUCUGCUUUGAUAGUAAAAUUCUUUAAAACUGCCGCUCGCUACAAACAAAUUCACUCAAAUUCUUCCCACCACCAGCGACCAGCCAUAUACCAGUCCCCAGACUCAAGACGACCGACCCAAGCAAAAGCUAGCAAAGCAAUUUCAUAUCCACGGAACGGAUUAGAUUAGCGAUAGAUCUGUAGUUAGUUCGUGUAUCGUGUGUGCAGACAACAACAUCCAACAUCACCAAUCGCUCAUCAUCUCGCUCGGGCUAGAGAUUGCAUUUAUUAAAUGUAAAUCCACUCCGCAAGUGCCAUUUGGAACGUUUCUGUUUGUUAUGUGUUCAAUUUGUGUUGUUCUUGAAAAAUUAUAUCUAAUUCAAUAGUAAAAUUAAGUAACUUAACUUUUCUUGUGUUUGAUUUUCACUUUUGUUUCGAUUCGAGACAUCGCGUCUUUUAAGUAAGAAGACGUGAAAAGUGGUUUUUUGAAGCAAUGACUGUUCGUCACAGGUGCCACCGCCCCUAUUUAUGGAAUUUCGUUAAAUUUCUAGUGAUUCUCGUUAACCUUCCAUCGACAAUUCUGAGUGAAUUGAUUCCCGAUCUAGGACCGUAUCAGUAUCUAGGAUGUUACAGUGUCCGGACAGACCUGCUAAAGGAUUCGGUUUACGCUCGCAGCGCACAAACAUGCAUCGAGCUAUGCGAAAAUUCCAAUAUCCGGUACGCCAUACUUUCUGGCGAAAAGUGCUUCUGUGAUAAUAUUGCAAUCGAAAGCGAAAAAUUCGAUACGAAACUCUGUAAUGUAAGGUGCAGUGAUACGAAAUCCCAGUAUUGCGGAGGAGUUGACGCCCAUAGUUAUUAUUCAACUAAUAUCGAAGGACCACCUGAUAAUUUAAGAAUCUCCAAUACGACCGAAAAUAGCAUCCUUAUAACUUGGGAUCCACCAAACAAAGAGGACAAAGUUUCAGAAUUAAUAAUAAAAGGAACGGUGGUGCAUUCAUUUACCAGCUAUCCAUUCUUUCCCCAACCCGAAUUCAUUGUUCAAAGUACUGAAGAUCGUUUUGAGAUGACAGACCUUCAUCCGGCAACAAAAUAUAACAUAACAGUAUCUGCAAUAUGCGGAAAGUACGUUUGCGGCAGUCAUAAUCUAACAAGUACAACUGAAGUAGGCUCUCCCGAUCCAAUACCCGAGGAGCCCAAAAUAAUGAAUCGAACUGAUUCAGAAAUUGUCGUUAAUAUCAAUCCUUAUAAGAAUAAUAACGGACCGGUAACUAGUUACUUGGUGAUUGUGCAGAAAUUGGAUAGUUCACUGACUCAACCCUUUGACGAAGAGCUGCUGGGAAGCUAUGAACGAGCUCAGGAAGAUGGAACUUUGUAUUAUAUUGCCGGUGAAUUGGAAUACCAGAAUACUACCCAAGUUUUUGCAGUGGGAGAUAAUCAAACUUAUGGUGGCUAUUGGAAUGCACCCAUAAAUAAGGACGCACAUAUUCACAUAUCUCUUGGUGUAGUAAGCACUUUGAAUGGUAUAACGAAGAUGCGUUAUGCGAUAGCUUCACACGAACAGCAUGAACCCACGAAGUUCCAGUAUGCUGAUUUUGAACCGGGUCAAGAAUCGGUCCUAGCGCUAACAAUUAUUUGUAUCGUCUUUGCGGUAUUCCUCGCCUUAUCGAUAGUAAUAUUUUUCUAUCUGAAGCACGAGACAGCCCGACUGGAACGUCUUCCCAGCGAUACACACGAACUCACCUUACAAGGACCAAUGGAAAACGAUGGAUUUGUUGGAGAUGGAGGAAGAAAAGGGACAUUCAAAGAACAAUUGAACGCAUUGGUUGAGAAUGUCGAUAACACCCAAAGACUACCCCGAAAUGCUAUACGAAUGAAUAUCGAUGAUAUUAUUGCCGAUGGAAGAUUCGGUGAAGUUAUCACAGGGAAAUUGUACACAAGUACUGAGGCACACGAUUGUCAAGUUCACAUCAUAUCAGAUGACAUGAAUCAAGAAACUCAAUCUCAAUUUCUAAAAGACUUCGAAAAUAUAAUUCGCCUUAUGCCACAUGAGAAGUUUUUACACUUUUAUGGUAUCACUGCUUCUGUCGACUGGUUCUAUCUUAUAUUUGAAAAUAAUCAAAAAACGUUAAAAAGCAGACUCAUCGAAAGCCGAAUUCCACUUGCCAAUCAGAGUACAACGUUUUGUACACUUUCAGAAGAAUUCAUUCUUCAGUGGAUUUAUGAAAUAGCAAUGGCUAUGGAAUAUUUGGAAGUAAACAAGGUUGCACACAAACACUUAUGCUCCUACAGUGUCUAUGUUACAAACAUGAAUAAAAUAAAAGUAUCUCUCUUCGGACCAAUUACGUAUGCUGAAGAAAGUAAAAAAGUCGACAUAUCUCGAUGGUUGGCUCCGGAAGUUCUUCGAUUCCAACACUACUCCACCAAAUCGGAUAUUUGGUCUUUUGCGUGCUUAGCUUGGGAAUGCUGUACUCUCGGUGCUACACCCUACGCCAACAUCACCAGUCAAGAUCUAUUGCCACGCAUUAAAAACGGCCUGCGUCCCGAACAACCACCUUUUGUAUACAGCGAUUUAUAUCAACUAUUCCUUAACUGUUGGCAAUUGGAACCAAGUGACCGACCUGACUUUGAAGACGUGGCCUUUAAUGUCAGACAAGUUCUAACAUCACCUACUCAUGCAUUAUCAUUUAGACGGGACGACAGAGUAGCUCUACCAUAUUUUUUGCCUCUGCUCGAGAUGCACAACUAAAAGCGGUUAGUGAAUUUUAAUAAGAGAAGACAAAAGUUAAUAGUACAAGUUUUUUUAGAAAAUAAUUCUACUUUGUAUAAAAUGCUUUAAAAAUUUUAAUUUAAAAAGUAACAAAAAACAUUCCUUUAAUCGUGUUCAAAAAUUAAAAUAAAAAUACAUAAAGCUUUUACAGUAUUUUCUUCGACAACAUUCCAUUUUAUCAAUGUAUCAAAAUGAUAAUAAUUUAUUGUUAAAUACUUUAAAUUAAAUUUGCUUUAAAUUUUAAUUAUUUGUAGAUAUUAUUAAGAAAACUACCAAAUUCCAUAAGUCUUGAUGACCAAAUUAAAAGUGCCUUGAAUUGAAGUCUAUCAAAGAAUACACAACUAAUCAUUGAUAUUUUUGCCUUUUUUGUAAUUAUAAAAAAAAAAACAAGUUAGUUUGUAAGAAAAAAGAAAAUGAAAAACGGAAUCUACUUAUGAAUAAAGUUAAAACAUUUAAACUAA